UAUAAGGAAGUGGAUGCGACAGCGACACUCCCUUUCCUCCUCCUACGAAUCUCAGUGCCCUUGUGCGUCGGUUGUGUUGGUCGAGAGCACAGUAUAGAGGAAGUAAGUAGGAAAAGCGUAGUAAUAGCAGCGAGGACUGGCUGUUGUAGUAAACUUGAUCGAGCUGGAUGCACCUUCACCUUCCCGGCCCCCUGAUGAAUUUGUGAUUAUGCCCUUACUCAAAGUCAAACAAACUCAUUUUCGUUGCCGGCUCUUCAUGUCAUUCUUGGUCUCCAACAUCAAUAAUUCAAGUAGUUGUUUUUAUAAUUAGGAACUGGAUUGCUAUUGCUUUCCGAUUGCGAUUUCAAAUUCUUUCUGUCAGGAUAGGUCAACUUCGCCAUUACUCAGGUCAGCGAUCAUUGAAUAUCCUACCUUCGCGCUGCGAAGUUCAGAUCCUUGUUCAGACUCGCACUGGCACUCAGAAACGUCGACAACAACAUCUGCAUGAUUCAAGAGAAAAUAAGAGAAAGAUGCCGAUCGAAAUCGACACGCAGGCGUGCCUCGUCAAAGGCCUGAUUGGCGGGAUCGGGGCGAUUCCUGGCACAUGUGGGUCUCAUCCUUUUGACGUGCUCAAGAUACGGAUGCAGGUGAGAGGUGAUCCCCUUUCACAGGCAAUUCAGGUCGUCUACGAAGGCCGCGCAGCCACGGCAGCCGGACCUGCUGCACCGGGCGCAGGGGGAUCCUCCUCGAGUUCGAGUGGCGCAGCUGCGUCCUCAAGCAUAGCAACUGCUGCGAAGAAUAGCGGCGCUGUCGGAGGUAGCAAACUCGCGCAAGCGGGCUUCCACAAUUUUUACCGUGGCUUCUUUGCUGCGAUUGAACAACGUAUGAUCACACGAGGUCCGAUGUUUCUGGUGAGCGAAUUGUACACCCAAGUCGUUUAUCAGAACAGCAAUCUGUCGAAGACGCAGUCAACUUUUGUGGGGUCGUGCGGCAGCGGUUUUACCACAGGCUUUUUAGCGGGCAUCGCGGAGUACCGAAAGAAGCUAUUGUCGCAGGACAUGGUCACGAAGGAAGAAGCGCGUUGGGGAGCCCUCUUCGCGACAGCGAAGAAACACGGCACUUUGCCGUGGCUCGGUCGUCGGUUCAUCGCCGCGGGUCUCUGUUCGGCAACCUACGACUCCUUCUUCUUCGGAACACAAUCGUUCUUAGCAACAUCGCAGGGCUUCGGUCCGGUACACGAAUAUCGCUCUAAUAUUUUGCUGUGAUGUAAUAAAAGAUACCAUCUAUCAAUUUUAUCAACAAGAUCAAUUUCAAUCCCUUAUCUCCUGACAAAUCAUUUCUACCAUGAUCUCUAAUUUAGGGUCUUUCAUACGGCUGUGCUGCCGUUUGUGCUGUCGUUGCGGCCUUCGCAUUUGACACGACCGUUGCAAGAAUGAUGGUUGUUCCGCCAGAGACACCGUGUUUGCCCUUUUUGACUACGUUGCGGCACAUCUUUCAGCCACCACCAGGCCAAGAGGCUCCUCAGGUCGGUGGCGCGCUUGGUCGUAUUGCCCGCGGAUAUCGAGGUUUGAGCGCCCGUAGUGUGGAAUUCUUCAUCAACUACUCAAUUACGGGAAUGACGUCGGUUUACGUCGUUAUGGCAUUUAACGCAGUGACGGGAAAAAAAGCUCAGUAAGCGUGGGAGCAGUGAGUAGCAGUUACUCCAUUCAGUCCCACUCGCACCAGAUUCCAUCUAGUACUUACGAUUGAUUCCUCGGUGGUGCACUCUUUUGAGCCGACGAUCUGCUUUGCGCUCUGUUUCACUUUUUGUCCAGUAAGAAAACAAAAUUAAUAUUAUACGAUGAUUCUUCAAGUUCCAUUUUGAGCUAGUUUUCGGGCAAAGCAAGAGAACAGCGCUCGUCUGUCUCCUGUUUUGCUGAAACAACUUUUGCUUUUGGAAUGACGACUUUCUGAACAUUUUUUUUAAUGCUGCUUCGCAGCUACCUGACGAAGUAGAUCAUCAUGAGGAUGAAGAUACCAAGCAUCAACCCGUGGUGAGUCUGGUUGAUAUAACCCAGAGCGAUGAGCAGCAGCUCUCCUUGCCCAUCCGCAAGACAGAGGACGAACCAAGUUAGCUGGUCAACGAGCUGCAUUUUUGAUGUUUUUACCUGAGGUGUAGUCAUUCUCGAAAUCCUUGGUAGCAAC